AUGGCAAGUCUCGCCAAGGUCAAGUCGUCCAAGCCGGCCACAAGGCCUUCUGCCUUCAACGACUCGGAUGAUGAAGAUGGCAGCCCCCAGAAUGGCUUGUCUAGCCAAAAGGAAGAGAUCGUCUCUUUCAGUCGCGAUGGAGCACAACCACCUCGAGCUUCGCCCAAGCCUGCUGCGACUCUCAUUAUUCCUGUCGCUUCCAAUCUAGACUGGCGACAGGACCGCAAGCAGCGUCUAGGUAUGCUUUCGAAUCUCCAAUCUCUCGGUCCUCUUGUGUCUAUGCGCCGCGGUGACUCUUCCGCUGUACCAGGCGCAGGAACCUCCUCGAAAUCUAAAGUGAAUCUUGAUGCAGAUGCGAUUAAUACCGAAGAGCAGAAGAGAGGCCUUGAAUUGCCAACCUCACGUCUCAGGCAAGACGAAGCAGCAGAACACAGCUCAGCCGAUGCAUCUACCUCAGAUCCUUUGGCGAGCACAGAAGCACCGACUACCACCUCGCAAGAAGCAGGAACGCAUCAAGAAGCACUCAAAGCUCUACUAGCAGGCCAAGGAGUAGGCACUAGCAAUACAGGCGAGCCGCUGAUCAUUCCGCAGCAGUCCGACCCUGAGAUGCUCCAACAUGACAUUCACUCACGACCCGAAGCGCCAACUCUGGACGACUAUGCUGCCACGCCUAUCGAUCAGUUUGGUAUGGCACUCCUACGCGGUAUGGGCUGGAAGGAAGGCAUGGGUGCUGGAAAGGGUGGCAAAGGUCCUCAGCAAGCUGUUGAACCAAAGAAGAGAGCAGCUCUGCUCGGUCUAGGUGCCAAAGAAAGACCCGCAGGCUCAACCAGCUUGUUAUCCUCAUCUUCAUCUCGUAGUCACAAGCCAAAAGACAGGCGAGACUACAAGUACGUCCCAGUCACCAAAAGAGACAGUCAGCGCCGCUCAAACGGUCGAUCGAGUACGCCUGAGUCUCGUCCGCCAGAAGACAGGCAUGCGGAUGUCCGGUCCAGAGAUAUACCUGCUCAUCUCAAUGAUCGCAGGAGCGACAGGGAUGGCCGUCAUUCAAGCUCGCGCGAUAGUCCGCGGCAUGAAUCUUCACGCUCCUCUUCUCAUCGACAUCGCUCGCGAAGCCCAAUGACUAGCAAAAGCAAGGAUCACGAUAGACAUUGCGAACGACGCAGAGAUGAUAGGGGCAGCGAAAGGCGAUCCCACGCUUCAUCCAGGUCAGAUCGUGAUCGCGACGAUCGACGCAGGGAUCAUCGGCGUUGA